AUGGCCCGAAAGAAGAAGCGCUGCAUGUGCGCGAGUAUCGCCAGCGGGUGGCGCGGAAUUUGCCAGGAGCACAGGGAGGUCGCCCAUCCGUGCGUUAGGCCGAAACCUGAGAAGAAGGAAUCCGGGCCGUGUAAGACUCGUUUCGGGUGCAGCGUCUGCAAGCAGCCAUUCCGAAUCAGUGCCGACUGUCAGCGCCACAUCACCACCACCCAUCCUACAGAGUCGAAGGCGCGAGUUGUAGAUAAUCUCACGGCCAGAAUGAUGCUCCAAUUCCGGAAGACGGCACUGCACUGUUUCCCCGAGUUCCGGGCUGACAUUGACGUAUGGUGGUCGCGCAGCCAGCGACGUUUUAUGCAGUUAUGCGAGAAGGAGCACACGAAGCGAAUGGCUGAGCAAAUGAUGCUGAAAAUGAUUCGCGACGACCUGAAGGCGAAGGAGAAGGAGAUGCACGAGCGCGACGAGAUCGAGCGGGACGACCUGAUCGGGGAUGAGCCGGACGAGGUGGAGGAGGAGACCGAGUGGGACGACCCGUUUGAUCUCAUUGACGCGCCCGACACGGACGGGUACUUCCACGAGAAUACCAACUGCUGGUCGGCUGAAGCCGCGGAGAUUAGGUACCAAGCGCGGUUGAAGGCUUCCGGUUUGGCUUCCACUUCCGUAAAAUGUGUGCCAGUCUGCAUCCCGCCACCCAAAAUCGCCAUGGAAAUACGGCCGGUAAUUGGGAAAGUCUCCAACCACCCGAGCUCAUCCGCAUCCGUCAUCCAGAAACAACCGAUAAAGCGCCGAUUCCUGAAUCCAAUGAAAUCUGCAAUACCUCAAAUUUCUCAUCCGGAACCGCCGGCGAAGGUGCCAAAAAUGGAGCCGGAAAUCGAACGGGGGAUUGAGCCGGAAUUCGUUAUGGAAGCUGAUCCGGAAGCGGAUCCAAUUCCUGCACCCGUAGACGACUAUCUACCGCCGGAAUCUUCAGGCUCUACAUUGCCAAGCGAGUGGAAUGAUGCAGUAGGGGAUGCGAAGGUGGCCAGAUUGGGCGAAACUGAGCGCUCCUUUUUCCAAGCCGAGAUCCUGCGACUGGAGCGCGAGCUAGAGACCAAAUCUGAAUUACUGAGGAAAUCGGAGGAAAUUCUGACCCGCCAAUCGAAACUGAUCGAACAGCUGUACGCGACGCUCGAGGCGAAAAAUCAGGAGGAGGCGAUGUAUGAGAAAGAAUAUCUUCCU